AUGGCUCUAUUGCAAGUCGAUAGCCUGCCUUUAGGCGCAACAACUACCAUAUUAGGAUUGGUGACAGUCUUAAUAGCCCUUCGUUUUGCUGCCGGAAGGAAACUGCAUCCUGAUGAGCCGACUGUUUUACCGUCUUGGAUUCCCUUCAUUGGCCACUUAAUAGGCAUGGCUGUAUAUGGUGGUCGGUAUAUAAAGAAACUUGGUUUGUCACAUCCGAAUGAACCCAUAUUCACUCUGCCGGUCCCAGGUUCACGAAUCUAUGUGGUGACAGACCCUUCCUUGGCAGCAUCUAUUCAACGAAAUGUUAAGACUCUUUCCUUCUCGCCUCUUAUACCGGAUAUUACUAAGAGAGUGCUCGGUCUGGACGACGAUACCGUGACAGCAAUAAGGCAAAAUCUUGACCCUGAACCAGGGGACCCUCGAGGCUUCUUGGCUGAUGUUCACGAUGUCGUUUAUGGCGCCUUCGGUCCUGGUGAGUAUCUGAAUUCUCUGAGCUGCGAAGCAAGCCAGGAACUGUGUCUUCAGCUCGUCGAGUUUGGAUCAUCUUUGCAAAAGUUGUACCCAUUAGGACAGGAGGUGGACCUUUUGCAAUGGACUCGUCACCUGGUCACAGUAGGAUCCGCCAGAUAUCUUUAUGGUCCACGAAACCCAAUAGCCGAAGACCCGAACCUCGAGGCCGCAUUCUGGGCGUUUGAUCAAGGCCUUGGAGGUCUUCUUAUGGGUGUCUGGCCAUCGGUUACAGCUUCAGAAGCCUACCAAGGUAGAGAGCGAGUGGUCAAUGCCUUCACGAAAUAUCUCGACGCUGGGCAUAUAAAGGACGCAGCCCGGAUCUCUAGAGAUCGUGUUCGACUAGAAGAACAGUAUGGCAUGAAUCAGCAAAUGAUUGCACGCUCUGCGUUGUCAUUCAUCUUCGCUGGGAUUGUCAACACGACGACGACCACAUUUUGGGUGGUUCUUCGCUUGUUUGCAAACAAAGAGCUACUAAAUAUUGUCCGACAAGAAGUAGUAGAAGCUUUGCAAGCAAGCGAGGAACUGGAAGGACCGGGAAAACUGAGUAUUGGAAUCUUGAAAGAGAAGUGCAUAACGCUAUUUGCUGUCUUUCGAGAGUGCCUGCGCAUUGGAUCUGAGAACUUCUCUGUCAGAUUGAUCAAGGAAGACAUUCUCCUUGCGGAUAGAUACUUCCUCAAGAAAGACGCCGUUGUCCAGAUUGCAGGAGGUAUUAUUCACGCCAAUAAGUCCAUUUGGGGAGAUGAUGUGGAUGAUUUCAACCCACAGCGUUUUCUCACACAAAGGGCCAAGUCUGGCGGCAUCCAUCCAGCUGCUUUUCGGGGCUUUGGUGGUGGCAAGACCCUUUGUCCCGGAAGGCAUUUUGCAACAAACGAGAUUCUAGCUUUCGCAGCACUCAUCGUCCAUGGUUUCGACAUUACGUCUCCCGGAGGUGGUGAAAUUCUGGUGCCACGGAAGAACGACCGAGUGAUGCCUGUUCACAUUUUGGAACCGAAUUCUAGAGAUCGCCCGAGAGUGUCAAUAAAAGUGAGAGAUGAGGCGAAGACGCUACAACACCUGACAAUAGUUAUGUAA